UACAAGAAUUAUGCCUACAACAAAAACAGAUUCCAAUUCUUACCGCUCAAGACAUAGUUCGAACACAGCAAAUGGCUUUACUGCAACAAGACGUUCAAGUACAAUGUAUGAUACAAAUAAUUCAAAUACACAUGUCUCAAAUACGACAAAUGACUCGAGCACAACGAAUGACUCAAUUACAACAAAGAGCUCAAAUGCAACUAAUGACACAAAUACAACAAAUAACUCAAAUACAACAAAUGCCCCAAAUAUCGAUACCCAUAUUCCCUAAAAACUUUGUUCCUGCAUUAUCGGAUGUGUCCUUUCUAUACUUUCAUAUUAAACUAUACAAAACUCUUGCGAGUCUUGCUGCUCGUGAUAAGGUUAUUUCUUAUAUUCAACCUCAACCUCAGAAUUAUAUUUUAAAGUCAUAUUUAUCUCGAUUAAACUAUUACCUGUUGAGAAAAGCUCAGUUAUUUUAUCGACCCCCUCUGAAUUCGAACGCAACUUAUAUUGCGGGACCAGAUCUGAAGAAACUUUGUAAACUGGAAAUAGAUCUUUUCAAUGGUCAAUUUAUUCAGCAAUACAUUUCUUUGAUUCAAAACGCCAACCGAAAUCUUGAAGAAAUUACGUUGAGGAUUUUUAAUGCUUAUGAUCCGGAAAAUUACCCGGUACUCUUUGCCACCAUCACCGAUUGUCCAAACCUUAGAAAAGCUUACAAGUGUUUCCUUAGAUAG